AUGUUUCUUGCAAAGGCCUUGUUGGAAGGGGCCGAUCGAGGUCUUGGAGAAGCUCUUGGAGGUCUCAUUGGAGGAGGUGUCCAGAGAAGAGGAGGAGGAGGAGGAGGAGGAGGAAGCCUUGGCGGGAUCGUGGGGGGCAUUGUGAACCUGAUCAGCGAGGCUGCUGCCGCUCAGUAUACCCCGGAGCCGCCGCCGCCCGCCCAGCAGCACUUCACCACCGUGGAAGCCUCGGAGAGCGAGGAGGUGAGGCGUUUUCGGCACCAGUUUGCGCAGCUGGCUGGACCCGACAUGGAGGUGGGUGCCACUGACCUGAUGAACAUUCUCAACAAAGUCCUGGCUAAGCACAAGUAUCUGAACACCGCCAGAUUUAGCCUGGACACCUGCCGCAGCAUCGUGUCUGUCAUGGACAGCGACACCACGGGGAAGCUGGGCUUCGAGGAGUUCAAGUAUCUGUGGAACAACAUCAAGAAGUGGCAGUGCGUCUACCUGCAGUACGUCAGGGACGGUUCCGGGUCUCUGGGGAGCUCCCAGCUGCGGGAAGCUCUGCAGGCAGCGGGCUUCCAGCUGAACGAACAGCUUUACCAGAUGAUCGUCCACCGGUACGUCGACGAGGACGGGGGCAUGGACUUCAACGACUUCAUCUGCUGCCUGGUCCGCCUGGACGCCAUGUUCCGUGCCUUCAAGUCCCUGGACAGAGAUGCAGAUGGCCUGAUUCAGGUGUCCAUCCAAGAAUGGCUGCAGCUGACCAUGUAUUCCUGA